AUGGCCACCCCGUUCAACCCGUUUGCUGGCCGUGGCCAGAGAGCCGGGGCGACAGGCACGCCUGGACGCGGGCGCGGCAGCACACUCAAUGCGCGCUCGGCGCCCUUUCAGACCAAGACUUCCAAUACCCCGCAGCAAUCGAAGUUUCGUGGCCGUGGGCGAGGAUCCGGUACGCGCGCGGCUCGAGGCCGCGGCGCUGCUGUUUCUGAGUCGACCACCAGCACAUCGCACACUGUUACUGGGCAAUCUACGUCAGGUUCGGUUAAUUCGCCGUUCGCUCAGUUGAACCAGAAGAAAUCGUUCUCUACCCUCUUUGGCGGACAGCCUGCGCAGCAAAAGCCUUCCUUUCCCGGUGUCACCAAUAGCAUCACGACGUCCAAUGGCGCCAAUGGUACGCCUAAAUCGUUGCAAGCGAACAGCAUGGGUGGAGGAACAGGAGGAUCCGUGCCUGUGGAGGAUGCUUCGGUCCUAAAUCAUUACCAAGAGCGCUACGAGCAGCUCAAAGUCGACCGGGCGAAACAACGACAGAAGGCCAUCAAGGACGGACAGAUGGCGGACCCCAACCAGCCCACCUCGUUGAAUCAAGCCAUCACCCCCAUUGGCACUUGCACCAGCAUGUGUCCCGAAUUCGAGAGCGUGGAACGCAUUGUGCAGAAGAUGGUCGACAAAAGCGAAAAGUUUCUUCACCCGUCGACGGGGUCUCUGCAGAAUAUGGAAACGAAAAUGCUCAAACGUUUUCGACGAUCGGCUGCUGGGUAUGACGAGCAACUCCCUUCGGAUAUUCGAACACCAAAGACACUACUCCAAGCCACAAACUAUCUCACUCGGCAUAUCCUUGGUGGAAGUGAGCCUCUUGGCAUAAUCCACAAAUAUGUCUGGGAUCGUACGCGGUCCAUUCGCAACGACUUCUCGGUCCAGCAACUCACCCAGGAGGCCGACGUUCGAACAGCGGUCACUUGCCUGGAACGGAUUGCCCGAUUCCACAUCAUGUCUCUCCACCUUCUCACCAAUCCGGCGAAUGAGGAGCCGUUUGACCGUCACCAGGAACGCGAGCAACUGAACAACACCAUGCUGUCGCUCAUGUACUACUACGACGACAAUCGCGGCCGCAUUGCCUUUCGGAAUGAAGAUGAAUUCCGCGCCUACUACAUCAUCUUCUCCAUUCACGAUCAACGACCUGACCUUGAAGCUCGUGUUCAGAAGUGGCCGGCCGCCAUGCUGAACUCCCCACGCGUUCAAGUCGCCCUGGAGAUCUUCGCGGCCGCCUCGAACACAUGGGAGUACCAGGGUGCUCUGGAUGCGCGUCGGCCAAAUGCCAUCGCACAGGGAUUUUACGCUCGCUUUUUCAACUUGAUCAAUUCUCCAAGCGUAUCCUACCUGAUGGCAUGUGUGGCUGAAAUAUACUUCAAUCACAUGCGGCAGACUGCCAUUCGCGCGAUCUGGAAAGCCUAUUGUCGUUCACCCGCUUCGCAGCAGCACAAAAAUGAAGAAUGGACUGUGGAGGAACUUACCAAGGUGCUACACUUUGACGACGAUGACCAGACGAUCAAAUUUUGCGAAGAACAAGACCUGGAGCUGGCUGAGAAUGCGGAGGGAGAUCUCUAUCUCAAUUGGGGCAACCGCCCUGUUGACUCUGUCGGCUUCCAACCAUCUUCUGAGCAUGUCUUUUCCGACACAUUUGUGGAAUCAAAACGGGGUGGGAGAACCUUGGUUGCCAUCGUCCUUGGUUUGAAGAUUCGGGAGGCAGCGAGGAUGGGCAUGCUCGACCGUUCUAGCCUGCCUGAACAGAUAACCACGCCAUUCACCGCUAAAUCCCAGACUCCUACACAGGAUGAUUCGCUUUUUGUCAGCGAUGAGGACAAUACGACACCGGCCCCUGUCGUUGAACCAAACGCGUCUCUCCUGGAGAAUGUCCGUCCGGAGUCUCCCACACCGUCCAGUUUCGGCAACAUUUUUGGAGGUGCCUCGCAGCCACCUUCUUCCACUCCUUCGCAGUCCCAAAACCCUUUCCAGCCUUCUGAACCUCCUAAGAUGUUCGGUUCGCUCUUCUCUGGGGCCACUAUGACUAGUAACCCCCCGGCAUCAUCUUCAGCAUCUCCAAACCCUUUUGCUACUCUAUCAUCCACGACAUCGAGCCCCUUCGCUCCUUUGCCAUCACCAUUGGCGAUUUCAAAGGAGCCUGAGCCAGCCGAGAAAGAAAAUCCCGCCACUGCGACACCUACUCAGCAGCCAUCAUCGAUCUUUUCUGAUAGCAGUUUCACCAGCACUGCAAAGCCAUCUGCAGCGCCCAACCCGUUUACGGCUUCAUUAUCGUCCUUCAAGGCGCCAGGGCCAAGUCAACAAGAAGCAUCCUCUGUAUCGACGUCGACUAUCCAGCAGACGCCACUUGUAACUUCGAAUCCUUUCGCGGCUUCGCUCUCGGCUUUAACGCCUCCCACAGCCACUGUAUCGACACCAACUGUCCAGCAGACCCCUUCUGUGGCUUCGAAGCCUUUUACGGCUUCGUUCUCACCUUUCACGCCUCCCAAGGCACCAUCCCCACUCCAGCAAGUUGAGUAUGCGACAGAGUCAACAGCGGAGCAGGCGUCUUCCCUAUUCCCUACCCUGCCGGCCUCUGCUGCUUCAGUCGAGCAGAAGGAGACCAGUACCUCGACCACUCUCUCCGGGCAGUUCGGUUUUCCUACUACCUCUCAACCAACCUCUUUGUUCAACUUUUCGUCUCCUCCAUCUGCCUCCCAGCCCGAACAAACUGGUCCCUCAGCCGGAGUAACACCUGGCUCCAGCCAGCAGUCGGCUAGUCUCUUCAGCUCUGUGAAAGCACCGUCUUUUGGCGGAGUCUCCCAAGCUCCCCUGUUCGCAUCUCCUCAGCCUUCUACGACGGACGAAGAGAAACCUGCUCAAGGUCCUUCGGUGGCGGAGCCUGCACGGCCUGUAUUCUCUGAGCCCAAACAAGCACCAAAGGUUUUCGACACUGCGCCAGCAACUCCUGCCUUUGGAACACUCUUCCAACCAGCAACGCCCUUGGAUCUGUCCGGAAGCACUCCCGCAGUGCAACAGGAGUCGAGCCUCUCACCGGAAAGCCUUGAUGGUUCGACUGAAGUGAGCAAGUCAAAGACCACUGCACUAAACGACACCCCUGCGGCGAACAAUGUCGAUGGUCCUCUACUGCCAUCACAGACUGUUACGACCGAAUCCAUCACCACCAAACCCGAUGGUACUCCUGAACAAACAAUGCAUGUCGAGUCAACUACCACGCCUGAACCACCUUCCGAAUCGAGAGCCUCGCCAAUUUCCGCGAGUCUACCUACCUCUCAUGAUAUGAGUGAAGAACGACACCGUGCUUGGGUGGACCUCUUGAACAGAGCUGCGAUGAGACGACGAUACACACAGGCGCCCAGUCGGAAACGGAUGUAUGAAGAGCCGAUUGAAACGGGGCCGACUGAGAAUGGUCCAGGCUCCAAGGCUGCUAAGGUAUCAGAAGGAAAAGGAUCUUCUCCGCCCGCCAAGUUUUCGAUGGCACGCUCCUCCGUCAAACCCCUGCCGACUCUUCCUAUCCUGGAACGGGUCAAGGCCUUGACGGAACGCAAGCGGCCCAGCGAGGAGGAAACCGAGGAAGCCAGGCCCAAGUCCACUCAGGUGGAUGAAGACGAAAUGCUUCUUUCUGCUGCACGGAUCGCCGCUGAAUCAUUGAGGAGCGGCCCAAAGCUUUCUGACGGCUGGUCAGAAUACGGCGAACCACGAGGAUCCUCCUUCAGCCCUAGCAGCAGCGUCUCCUCGCUGCAUUUUGCCCGCAGUGCCUCGCCUCCGCAGGCCUUCUCCCAGAGUUACAAUGUCGCCUACGCUCCCGAUACCCCCUUGGGCCUGGGCAGGACUAUGUCGCGUACCGAGCAGCGAAUUCGAGCAACUGGUGGACACGGGUUGGCAUACAAGCCUUUGAACUUCACAGCCGAUAGCAACCCGAAGUUUACACAGAGCAGAUAG